CAUCGCGGUGGAGGGACAGACGUGGAAAGUGCGCGGAGCUGAGCUGAGCGGGACGGCGGCUCCUGUUCCUUCUCACCUCGGCCGUUUGCUCAGCGAUGGCCGUCACCGAGGCCCGGGGCCACUUGUCCUACUCCAGAAUGAGGGGCCUCGUGUCCUUUUUUACCGCCUUCAUCAAGGAGAGAAAAAUGGGCUUUAAUGACUUCAUUCAGAAGCUGGCAUCCAACCCCCAAAUCUGCCAGCAAUCAGAUGUCCGGGUGUUCCUGAAGAUCGAUGAGAACCAGAACGAGGAGCCCGAGGAGGGGAUCGCUUCGCUGUGCUCAACUUCCCCCCGAAGCUCCCUGGGAGAGGAGACUCAGGUCAAGCCGUCAGAUUUUGACUACCUGAAAAUCAUUGGGAAAGGAAGCUUUGGAAAGGUUCUGCUGGCACGACACAAGGAAAACGCCAAAUACUAUGCUGUGAAGGUGCUUCAGAAGAAGAUCAUUCUCAAGAAGAAAGAGCAAAAGCACAUCAUGGCUGAGCGCAGCGUGCUGCUCAAGAACCUCCAGCACCCUUUCCUGGUGGGCCUGCACUACUCCUUCCAGACUACAGACAAGCUCUACUUUGUGCUGGACUAUGUCAACGGAGGGGAGCUCUUCUACCACCUCCAACGCGAGAGAGUGUUUCUGGAGCCACGGGCUCGCUUCUACAUUGCGGAGAUGGCCAGCGCCUUGGGCUACCUGCAUUCGCUGCACAUUAUCUACAGGGACCUCAAGCCAGAGAACAUUCUGCUGGACUCUGAGGGCCACAUCGUCCUGACUGAUUUUGGCCUGUGCAAGGAGGGGCUGGCGCCCAACGGGACAACCUCCACCUUCUGUGGGACCCCUGAGUACCUAGCACCAGAGGUGCUGCAGAAACAGCCCUAUGACCACACGGUGGAUUGGUGGUGCAUGGGUUCGGUGCUGUACGAGAUGCUAUAUGGCCUGCCCCCCUUCUACAGUCGCAACACAGCAGAGAUGUACAACAACAUCCUUCACAAGCCGCUGGUGUUGAAGCCCAAUGUGUCCAACGCUGGACGGGCGCUGCUGGAGGGCCUGCUCCAGAAGGAUCGCACCCAGAGGCUUGGUGCGCAGGAUGACUUUAUGGAGAUCAAGGCGCAUGCUUUUUUUUCACCUAUUAACUGGGAUGACCUUGUAGCCAAAAAGAUUUCACCCCCAUUUGUGCCCACUGUGACGGGACCCACUGACCUGUGCCACUUUGACCCGGAGUUCACACACCUGCCCGUGUCAGGCUCUGUUGGCAACCCUGACUGCCUGCUCAUGACCAGCAGUGUAUGCGAAGCAGCUGGUGCCUUUCCUGGAUUCUCCUACGCACCCCCUGUGGAGCAUGCCUUCCUGUGAAGACAAGCGCUCUCCUCAUGUUGCUGUUCCUGUUCCUGAUCUCCUUUCACCUUCUCGUCCACCAUUACCUUUCUAAUGGAGGAAGAUGGGGAGGGCGUCUUCGAAAGGAGGGCAACACCUGAACCGGAAACGAACCCUCUAGGGGGUUGCUGGGGUGUUCGGGUGCCAGUGAGAGCACUGAAAGGUUUUUUGCCUUUCCUAGAUGUGUACUGAGUCCUCUGUGGAAGAGGACUUUCUGCCAUUAUGUUAAACACCUGUGGCCAACAGAUUUGGCUGCUCUCGGGCAUGCCAGAUGUGAACGUUCUGGUAUGUUAAUGGUUUGAACUCUUGUGUCAAACCUCUUGUUCUUCUCGGAGACUGCUUGCUUUCCAUCAGCUGGAGCUUGGACGGGGAUUCGGAUGUUGGAAGUGGGGUGGAGAAUGCGAUGGAGGUUGGGUGGACACGGUCCUUCCUGCCAAUGCUGACAGUUGUUUGGAAACUGCCCCUGUCUCAGAUGGAAACUGGGUGGACCAUUCCUUCCGUGUGGAAAAUGGGGGUGGGACUUUUUGCACAAAAUUUAGGGUGCGAUGCCUUGACAAAUCUGAACGUUUUCAGGUUUCUUAUUGAUUGUUAUACAUGUCAUAUACAGACAUGAGUUGCUUAACAAGGACACAUCCUGAGAAAUGCAUUGUUUGGCAGUUUUGUCAUUGUCUAGAAACCUAGAUGGUAUAGCCUCAAUCAUAGGGUAUACUUAUACAAACCUAGCUGGUAUAUAGCCUCGAUGCACUUGAGAGGUGGUAACCACGAGAUUUGACACUACUGCCGGCAUAACGCAGCAUACUGUUUCACAGUAAACUUUUUUAAAGUGGAAAGAGUCCAUUCUAAAAUAAGUAUAGUAAAUACAUGAACUAACACAGGUGUUAAUGAAGUGUUAUGUACUGUACAUAAUUCUGUGCUAUACUUUUAUAUGGCUGGCAGCACAGUAGGUUUGUUUACAUUAGCACCACCACGAACACGUAACACUUUGUUCUACAACGUUACAUUGUGCUACAACAUCGCUAGUCAAAGAAUUUUUCAGCUGUUAUCUUAUGGGACCACCGUCAUAUGUGCAGUCUUUCGUUAAGCGAAACACCGUCAAGUGGUGCAUGACUGUAUACGUAUAUAUGUGUGCUUUGUAAGACUGCUUUCUUGUGAUCGAUAAAGUCUUGGUGGAAAGCGAGACCAGCAGACCGCUUUGAGAGUAAACUGAUUUUUAUGAGUGAAAUGAUGUCUGCUAUGCUUAGUCACCCUACAUUUGAUGGAUGCCUGAAAAUAAUUUGACGAUUGUCUAGUUGCUAAUGCUGCUGAGGAGUUCAAGACGGACAAUUGCGUUUACUGGUUUAAACAGUCGGCAGCAUCAUCCCUCCAGGUUGAGGGCGUACCACCUUUAGAAAGUCCCCAGUUUGAAGAUCAAAGCAAGGGGGGGGGGGGGAAAUCCUCCUUUACUAGUAUAUUUCCUGGACUGCACACAGGAGGUUUUUGGGAACCACCUAGGAGGCCUCACCUGUAUUAUAAAUACGCAACAGCGCCCCAAGUGGUCAAUUUACCUCAUGGCAGUCUGUCGUCCGUCACUCUCAAGCAUUUUUCUUGGCCUUCCAGCAGCACCAAACCACGAGUGUAAACAUCACUGCCCGUCGCUGUGUUGUGCAUACAGUUUUUGUGUGGCUAUAAAUGAUCUGAAUGAUAUAUUUUUCUUAAUGACCACAUGACACUAGUGAAUAGGCACAGGAGGGAGCAGGUGUCCAUUAGCACUUCUACUUUUCUAGCAGCAGCAUUUCUGUAAUAAGAUAAAUAUUUUAGUGCUAAAUUUGCUAUUGAAGCCAUGCAAUGUGCAAAUCUCAGCUAAUCUUGCAUUAAUUUUGGGGAAUAGCUAUUCUAUGUGAUCUACAUUAUAGUUCAGACCAUGUAAGUAAGCAGGCUUGACAACAGCAUGGUUAUGGGGUUUUUUUUUUUUUUUUUUUUUUUUUUGGGGGUCGUGCAGUCGCCUGGGCUGCUAGGAUUUUCUACUUUACACCUCCUGGUGCAAUACUUCUGUAAUUAGUAGCUUUGAAUCAAGGUUUGGAGCCCACCUCCUGCUGUAGUAUCCUUGAUUAAUGUACUUAUCCUGAAUGCAUACAGUAAAAUAUUACCCAGCUGUAUAAAUGGGUAAAUUACUGUAAGUAGCUUUACACUGUAAGUCGCUUUGGAGAAAAGCGUCACGUAAAUGUAAGUCAUUUUGCAUUUGCAAAUGACAUCAGGUACACAAGGAGUCUUCUGCCUUUACUAAGACCAGAAGGCCAGAAUCUCUACUUCACAUCUUGAAGCAUGCUCAAUAUACAUGGAAUAUAGUGACUGAAAUGCACUGUGUCUCAGUCUUGUGUUCAGAUCUAUUCUUCACACUAAUGUACAGUUAUAGCAUAUGGAUUCAUACAUAGAAACUGAAAAGUCCAAGAAUCCCCAACUAAUGAAGGUAGCUUACAGAAGGGAGGCUGUCACUUUUUUUGACCAUUGUUUUCAAUUAGUAGUCAUUAUAGAGUGAUUCUGUGCAGUCAUUCUUGGGUCUUGCCAAUGGAACAAAAGUACAUGGUGCAGGUUGCCUUUGAAACUUUUCAGAGUUAUUUCCUCAUAUUACAUCCUCACCUCUCCUUCUGUAUGAAUGGAAAACCAAGAGAUACAGUUUGAGGUGUGACAUUUUCUUCCAUAUUUGGAAGUUAAUCCUUUUUACAGCACUGUCUUGAAUAUUUAUUCAAAUGUUACACGAAAUAUAUGGUACACACAUUCAUAUAUAUUUUAAAAAAACUGAAAACUGUACUGCUUGUCAUAACUAGUACAAUUAACAUUUUAAUAGGCUCUGUAAUGAAAAUAAUAAAGGUUGGUGUCAAUUUAUCAGUGUCUUUGUCUAAACCUUUUCGGAAGGGCACUGUGACUUUGUCAUAUAACUCAGUGUCUUUUGGUCCAAUAUCAACUUUUGAGGAAGUAACUAUGUUGAUUUAAUAGAAAAUACCAGAGUUACAUACUCUGGUACAGGUGCAAAUCAGAAUGACAUUCAGCUGUUCACAAAAAUGUAUAUGAUUUUGCAGUGAUUUCCAAUGAUAAUUAAAAUUAAUAAUUGAUUAAAUUUUA